AAGAAGAAGAAGAAGAAGAAGAGGCUUCAGUUUGCUCAAACGGGAUCAGAUUAACUGUGUAGUGUAGACUAUACGUAAACUGAUGAUUAUGAGACAAAUGAUCGCCCUGAUUGUGUUAAUUCCAGUUGGGUUUCUUGGAGUGUCGUCCGCAGACACACACACUCUGCAGUACCUCUACACUGCAGUCAGACCAGGAGUAAGAUUCACUGCUCUUGGUCUGGUGGAUGGAGAGCAGUUUGUGUACUACAACAUCAACAUGACGAGGAGGAUCUCAGAGUGGAUGAAGAAGGCAGAAGCUGAUGAUCCACGUUACUGGAAGAGAGAGAUAGAACAUGUGAAGGAUCAACAGGACUUGCUCCAAUACAUUGUGUCUAGAGUAAUGAAGAGCUUUAAUGAACCUAAAGGAGUUCAUACACUACAGAGGAUAUACGGCUGUGAGCGUGAUGAUGACGGCACCACUAGAGGAUACGAUGAGUACGGUUAUGAUGGAGAAGAUUUCAUCAGUCUGAAUCUGAAAACUGGAACCUGGAAAACUGCAGCUAAUGAUAAAGCUAAGAACUUCAUAAAAAAGUGGUAUCCUAAUGGAGAUGGGGCUAAAUGGUGGAAGGACUUCCUGCAGACUAACUGCAUUGAUCGUUUACAGAAGGUUCUGUAUUAUAGCAAGGAAACUCUGGAGAGGAAAGUUCGUCCUACAGCGUCAGUGUUCCAGAAAAACUCGUCUCCUCCAGAGGUGGUGUGUCAUGCUACAGGUUUCUUCCCCAAAACAGUGAUGAUCACCUGGCAGAAGGAUGGAGAGGACGUGCAUGAGGACGUGGAGCUCAGAGAGACGUUACCCAACCAGGAUGGAAGCUUCCAGAAGAGAAGCAUUCUGACAGUCUCAGCUGAGAAUCUGCAGAAACACACCUACAUCUGCGUGAUUCAGCACAGCAGCUUGGAGAAGGAGAUAGUGCUGCCUGUGAGCGAGCGCGGAAUCCUGAAUCCUGGUGGAGGAUCAGGUGGAGCUCCGAUCGAUAUCAUUGUUGUAGUUGCGGCUCUCGUGGUUCUCGUUGCUGGUGGUGCUGGAAUUGUCUACUGGAAGAAGAAGAACUCUGACCUCAGACGCGUUCCAGUCAUAGUCUUAACACCCGUUCAAGUCUCAGCCAGUGAGAAACAUCUGAUGUGUUCCAGUCCUGAUGGUCCUGCAUGUGGGGAUGCAGUGUGAGCUGUGAAUACAGAGGUAAAAAGGCUUCCGCUUAAGUGAAACCAUCCCAGUGACAAGGAAUGGUCCCUUUUUGUUUAUUACCAAGAGCAAAGCAUGCUUUUGAUUGUAAGUGGAAAAUGUCUGAAUUAACUGAAUAAGUUAAUUCAGGGUUUGAAAUAUUUUUAAGAUUUAAAAGAUAAAUAUAGCUGUUAGCAGCGAUGACUGGCCCAAGCACUACAGUGCCAUCGCCACCUAGUGGGUGUAUGACAACAAUGCAUUGUGAAGCGAGGACUGUAGAAUAAAACACCCAAAAAUGCAAAGAACAGUGUAUUAAAAUUUGAUGCGUUACCAUGGCAACAAGUUUUAAGAUGUCAAGACUAUUUUUAAGUCUGUUGUAAGUCACACACUUCCUGCUGCCAGUUGGUGGCGCUAUGACCGUGACUCUCAGUAGUCAUCCAUGUGAUCAGCCCCUGUGACCAAACAUACAGCUCAAGUUUCAUCUAAAUCUCUCACUGCCUGCAGAAGAUAUGAGACAAUUCCUCUUUCCCUUUUUUGCCAUAAAUGUAUUGUCUCACCAUGGCGAAACCGAUCGAGAUCAAAAAUGCCUUCAGUAUCUUCAGAGUUUAGUAUCUUCAAUGUCUUGGCAUUAUUUUGACCAUGGUUGGUGAUAAUCACAUGAGUCCCCUAGGAGGAGUAUUUAAAAGUUCACUGCAUGCACUUUUCACAAAAUCCAAAAUGACUUCCUGUUUGGCGGAGCUAAUGAUGUCAGCAUAAAAGUUGUUCAGGUCGAUGAGUACUGGGUUUUGUACAUAUAUGUACAAGUAUGUAGCCACCUGACCACGCCCAUGUGCUAUUCUUUGCGGGGGCCUAAUGGCCGAAUGACUCUGACGUAUCUGCCAAGUUUUUGGAAGCUUUACUUAAAGGCAGUUUGUAGCUUGAGUAUGUAAUCACUGUAAUGUGAUCUUGUCUGCUGUUCACAUACUGUGUGUUAUAGUGAAAUUAUUUUCGACUGUGUUAAUGUUGUGUGAGAGUUGUUCACGAGUCCCUUGUUUGUUCUGAGCAGUUAAACUGUCCACUGUUGUCAGAAAAAUCCUCCAGGUCCUGCACAUUCUUUACUUUUCCAGCAUCUUCUGCAUACAGUAAUUGACCCCUUUCCAUCAGCGGCUAUAUGAUGUUGAGGUUCAUCUUUUCACACUGAGGACAACUGAGGGACUCGUACAUGACUAUGCAAAUAUUUACAACUAUCACAAAACAUAAACACAGUUGUGGAUCAUUCAGGUAACGACGCACAGUAUUAAGAAUCAAGGGAAUAUAAACUUUUGAACAGGGUAAUUUUUAUAAAUUCAGCUAUAAUCUUGUCUUGUGGACUAUAUGUAAACAUCUGUUAUGUGAAAUAUAUAUUAUUUAGUCUUCAGGACAAGACUAAAUAAAAAAUAACAUGGGAUUUUUAUGAUCCAUCUUAUUUUGUUCACGGUAUUAAGAUUUAACAGAUUCUGUAAGGGUUAUGCAAACUUUUGGGCAGAACUGUAAAUGAAACUGAAAAAUGUACUGCUGUUACAUCCUGGCAGACUGCUUUAAUAAAUGAUUUAUUUGGA